UUGGCUGAAUUACGUAUUUGGUGAGGCUUCGGCAGUUGAGUAUUAAUUUGUUUGUAAUGUGAUGGUUUUUGAACAAAGAAAACUUUAAAGGCAUUUGUCAAAAGUUAAUCAGAUGUCAAAAAUACGUAGUCGAAUUACGAUUUAGCAGAUACUGCUCACGUCCUCUUCAAAUAGACCGCGAACAUUUGCAUUAGGGUAUCACAAAUGGCAUUUAAGGGAACAGCAUUUUUAUUUUUGCUGGUUCAAACAUCGGCAACCAUCUCGGACACGGAAAGAGAUUAUAAUCUCUUGGCCACGGACAAUAACUCAGAAUUUUCGCGUUUCAAUCACUUCAAACCGUGGGAUAACAGACAGCUUUUGAGAUACGUCGUCAAACAGUUCAAUUCUCCCAGUUUGUUAUCGUGCGCUCAGCAGUGCCUUUUGACCGCCUGGUGUACUUCCACAAACUUCAAGUUGUUUUCCAAGAAGGACAGCAAAGGAACUUGUGAGCUGAACAAGCACGACAUCUCUGUUGUUAACGAAAACGUCAAUUUUGCUGAGCAGAAGGGAGUCAUUUUCUCAUUGCUUCUAAAGGAUUGCCCGCAAGGUUGGUUUCGUCAUGAGAAUUCAUGCUACCUUAUUGAUAACACUCCUACUCCAAGAUGGAACGAUGCACUCACGUUUUGUCAAAAUCACCGAGCACAUCCGCCGAUAAUCAAAUCUGCCGAUGAGAACGACUUCAUAUUUCGCCUUAUAAUGAGCCAACCAAACGGGAGAGAUCUUAGUGCAUGGAUUGGACUGAUCAGAAAAAUGGACGAUAAGUUUUAUUGGAUGGACGGUACUCCAUCAGCGGGCCGGUUCUCAGCAUGGGCACAGGGAGAACCAAACUACCUUCACGAAAAAUGUGUUUUUAUACUCGUCAAAAAAGAUCGACAAAAAAAUUGGUUCGACUCUCCCUGUACUUAUAACGGUACACCUUAUUUUCCAGUCCCAGUGGUUCUGUGCCAGAAAGGUCUUUUCUGACUGUUGGAUUCCUUGAUUGUUCACCUCAGUUUAUCUAAUGUUCCCGAGGUUAAAGUUUGUACGCUGCCAUGAGUUAUACUGUCAUCGUUUCAUAGUGGCCUCUCGUAUGAAUAAAGAUUUCUAAGUUUUUAUCAGUUCAAUCGUUUAUCAAUCUUGUUCGUCGUUUGUUGGCAUUCGAAAGAGACAUCACAUUUUAACAUAUUCUUUGUUUAAUGGA